UUGUUUUCACGAGUUUCUAUUGCCAGAUUUAGAUUAGUUUGAAAUAUUUCAAUUUUAAUUAAGUAAACUCAAAAUAGAAACUUGCAAUUACCGAGCAAAAAGCAGCAUGGAUAAAGAAAUCAUCGACCCAAACAAGUGUAUUGGUAGCGAGGAUGCAAAUAAUGUACACAUCGAUAGCCCUGUGCUACAUGUAUCUACAGACUCAAUUCAAAGCAUUGCACGUGUAAAUGAAAUCAUUAAUAGUGAUUUGAAUGACAUUGAAGAAGCAUCUGAUACUUCACAACAACUGGUUGCAGAUUCUAACCCACAUUCGAAGGAAAAUAUGGACACAACUGUUGAUUUGGAAGCUAUCAGUGAUAAUAAAAACGCAGUAGAGGAAUGCCAUGUAAAAGAAAAUGUGCCAUUUGUAUUGGGCAAAGCAGAUGAAGAACGUGAAUCUACAAAUGAUGCACACAUUUUAGAUAACGUUGCAAACAGUAAUAAUGUAAUUAUUGAGUCGGUUGUAGAACUUAUGCCGGCCACGACAGAUAUAUGUUAUGCAACUCUGCAGGUUGAGGCUAACAAAAAUAUACUCCCUGACAUAGUUGAAAUUAUGGACAUUACAGAUAAAGAAGUGAAUGAAGUUCAGUUGAUUAAAGAGCAAUCAACGAACCCUUGUGCUGAGGUUCCGAAAACUGCAGUUCCCAGUGGCCUGGGUUUGCUAUCGCAAUACGAAUCCGAUGCUGAGGAAGAUGAAUCAAACGAAUCGGAUACGGCGUCAGUAAUUGAAGUACCGACUGCUGUGAAUAAGAAUUAUCGCUCAACAGUCGUGGAAAUUGAGUCGGACUCCACUGAAACCGUUUCGUCAGAUUCUGAAUCGGAAACAGAGGCCGAAUAUUUAACAAAAAUUGCCAAAGUAAUUGAGAAACGGAUUCAAAGUAAUGAUGAUAACGAGGACGAAGAUGAUGACGAUGAAGAAGAUGACUCGAAAAAGAGAGGACGACGACAACCUCCUCGCGUUCGAGGAGAAAUAUUACUUGAUGAUUUGCCGCCUAUACAAGAUCUUCAAAUUUCAGUACCAGCAGAGGAAUGUAUAGAGCUUGGACGUGUACAUUCAAUUGUAGAUCAAUUACUAUUGGUGAGCGCUUUACCAAAUUCAAUUUUGCUAGAUUUGGACACAGUACUUUUUUUGGAAAAAGGAAAACGUGUUCUAGGAGAAGUGUUUGAUGUUUUGGGUCAAGUGGCAGAUCCACUGUAUUGUGUUCGCUUCAAUAACAACCAACAUAUUCAGGAGAAAGGCAUAAAUGUAGGUGAUGUGGUUUACGUGGCACCAAAAACCGAAUAUACCCAAUAUGUUAUCCUUUCGAGCCUUAUGAAAAUGCGUGGAUCUGACGCAUCCUGGGAAAAUGAUAUAGAACCACCACCACGAUAUUUGGAUUACUCGGAUGAUGAAGAAGAACGUGAAGCUCGCCACAAGCUGCGAAAGCAUCGUCGACAGAGCAUUAAAGAGGAGGACGAAGAUAAAGAGGAUGUAGAUGAUAAGGAUAAUGACCCUAUGAAACGAAGCCGAAUAAAUGUUGUUGCUGGUGAAAACACCACAGAUUCCCAACGGAGGCAUCCUCGCGCUGCUGUAGGUAAUCGUAGAGAAAAUAGAAGACAAGAUCGAUUUGGGCAGCAUAGUGCGUACUCACCGCGAACCUAUCAACCGCAGCAUAACACCAAUAGUUGGCACUCACAUUACAAUCAACAAUAUCAGCAAAGACCGCCUGUACAUAGUUAUCAUACACCAUACGCCGGUCCAUAUCAGCAACAACGUCCACUAUAUCGAAACCCUACGCCACGACCAAAUCAGUUCCAUCAGUAUUGUCCUCCUCAAAUGCAAAUGCAAGCACCUUCGCCUCACGCAUUACCACCACCACAAAUGACACCGCCACCUCCAAUACACGCAAUGACACCUCCACUCCAGAUGCACCCAAUGCCCCAUCCCUCCACCGCAUACGUGCCAAAUCCCUUUGCUUUUCGGUCAUCAAAGCUAUCUCAACAAUUCUCACAGCCUCAACCUACAACUUCAAUUCAAUCACCAGCAGAACCAGCUCCACCAGGUGCCGAAUAAGGGCAAAGCCUUUGAUAGGU